AUGGCGUUUCAACCGGUAAAUCCAAAACCAUUCCUUCAAGAAAUGACCGGAAAGCCAGUAAUUGUCCGCUUAAAAUGGGGCAUGGAAUAUAAAGGAUAUUUAGUUUCUGUAGACUCAUAUAUGAAUUUACAGCUCGCCAAUACGGAAGAAUUUGUAGAUGGAAAUUCAACGGGAGCCCUUGGAGAAGUAUUGAUUAGAUGUAAUAACGUUUUGUACAUUCGAGGAAUAGAAGAAGAUACAGAGAUGGGAGGGACAUAG